AUGGCGGGGAACGCGUCCUCACAUCACGUCGCUAGCAUUCUCCCAAUGGCAUAUUCCUCACGGCCGACCUCAAUGCUUCCAGGCGCCCCUGGUGGGUCUUCCAUGCGUCCCCCCAGUUCGCAAUCUCAACAGUCCUCGGCAUUGUCGGCCCGCAUUGCAGCCAAAAAGGCAGAGCUGGAGAAUUUACGCCAGCUGCGCGAUUUGAGUGGAACAUUGGCAAUGCAGAUGCAAGCGUUGGAGAAUAAGGUCUCCACGUUGAAGGAUGGCACCGAAGCCGUGGCAUACGUUCUAUCGAACUGGGACAACGUCCUACGAGCCAUCACACUCGCUUCCAAAAAAGCCAGCGGCCUCCACGAACCGGCCGAGUCGGAUAAUCACGAUGCGAACACAAAAGAGCGGCUGCCGGCGACGCUGGUUCGCAUUCCAGCUGAGCCACGUGAGAAAACGGGCGAAUGA